AUGGAACAGCUUAACAGACCGGAAAACUCGCAAGAGCAACCCAAAAAGUAUAAGAUUCGUGGAAAUCUCUCACUUUCCAUUGCUAUCAUCAGCUUCCAACUCGUUCCACUCCAACAGACCGCAGCACCUCCACGAGCCUCUUGGAGAGCAGUUCCAACUUCAGAUAUCAUGCAAUUGACCAACGCAAUCGUCUCAUCUUUGUUGGCCACGGCUGCCACGGCACGCCCAUGGAGUACAUCUGAUGAUGAGCCCCUGGCCCAGAAGUCCCGAAUCACGGCUUUUGUGGUCAACGAACAAGGCGAGCCAUCCGUCGAAUGCUGGGAGAUUAACAGCUUCUCCGAAAGUGCACGUGUGAAGGUUGCUGGCGGAUCGACUGCGAAGGCUCAUUCGCUUUCUCUCGCCCACGAUGAUGAGCUUGCUGGAGUAGAAAUUCUCACUUGGCCAACUUUCGCGGACAUCUGGCCACCCGCGGCCGACAUUGUUCGCAGCAAAGCCGGGCUUGACAUUGCAUUUGGCUUCAAUCUCUUCAAUGUCCAGAGUGGUCUUCUUCGUUUCCAGCUCUCUGCCGAUGUUCAAGGCAGAGCCAGCAUCAAGGAUGACGAUGUAGAGACACACGUUUUCAGCAUGGAAAACGGCGAUGACUGGUUCUACUUUGAAGAUAACUACUCGGGUUCGACUGCCAAACAGACUGUUGACAAGCCCUCACCUUUCGUUGUCAGCACAAUUUCUGGUGGUGAGACGGAGAUGUUGCGCCUGCGAUACAACAGUCGACCACAGCACAGAGUCGUUCACAAGGGAGCAUGCAGCUUCACUGGAAUACACACCGACGCCGCCGCUGCCAGCUCUAGCGUCACCGUCCAGGUCAAUCUCAAUGAAGAUUUGUGA